CUUCUGAAUUCUUCUGUUCGGUUGUUAACGAGCACCAAGAUUGUUCUUGAAGCCAGUCGCCAUCUUGAUCACGCAUUGGCUCUACAAGUGUUUAUGCUAGACGAAACUCCGAAGAUUCUUUUACUUCAUUAAGCCGUUGAAGAGGCCGUACAAAAUUCCGGAUACAGAAGCGAAGUCAGCACUCAAAGUGCUCGCGCAACCAUGGCAUCCAUUAUUCCAAGAAAGCUUUGGGAGCAUGCCGACCCAAAAAGCACUAAUAUGUGGAAGUUUAUGCAGAAGGUCAAUGGGAAGCAUGGACUCAAUCUCAACACAUUCUGGGACUUGUAUCAGUGGUCAAUCACGAAUCGUUCUACCUUUUGGUCAGACGAGUUCGAAUAUGCAAAUCUCAUCCACUCUGGCUCCGUCAAACGCGUUGUAGACGAAAGCAAAUGUAUUGACGAAGUUCCGCGAUGGUUUGAGGGUAUUCAAAUCAACUUCGCCGAGAACAUCCUCUGGACUCGCCAGCCCGGCGACGCAUCAGAUCAACAUGGGACGGUUGGGAAGGAAGACGACAAGAUUGCACUAACUGAAGUGCGGGAAGGCGUCAGCGAGAUCCGCGAGUUGACAUGGGGCUCGCUCCGGAAACUCGUGGGUGAUUACGCUUCCGCGAUGCAGACAAAUGGCGUACAGCAAGGUGAUCGUAUCGUUGCAGUGGCUGCAAAUAGCAUCGAGACUCUAGCAAUCCUGCUCGCGACUACUUGGUUAGGUGCUGUCUUCAGCAGCAGCUCUACAGAUAUGGGUGUUUCGGGUAUCUUACAGCGCACUGUGCAAAUCAACCCGAAGUACAUCUUCAUGGAUGAUGCCGCGUUGUAUAAUGGCAAGCGGGUCGAUUUACGCCAGAAGAUUACUGAUAUUGAAGCUGGUAUGAAAGGGUGUGAUCUAUUCAAAGGAAUUGUCUCGAUACGCCGAUUCAAAGAAGCGCUGGAUGUCUCGAAGAUUGCUCGAACCAGGACAUUCGAGAGCUUUCUGAGUACUCGGAAAACAACGCCUCCUCCAAUUGCCCGACUUGCAUUCCAUGAGCCACUCGUAAUUUGUUACUCUUCAGGGACUACUGGAAUUCCAAAAGCCAUCGUGCACUCCGUGGGUGGGAUUCUUGUAGCUUAUGUCAAAGAAGGGACGAUACAUGAAGGCCUAAGUGCUCAGUCCGUCGUGUUACAAUACACAACGACAGGGUGGAUCAUGUAUUUGGCGAGUGUCGGAUCGCUUCUGUCUGGAGCAAGAACAGUGCUUUAUGAUGGAUCGCCAUUUCAGCCAGAUCUAAAGACCUUCGUAAAGCUUAUUGGGGACCAAAAGGUCACCAAGCUCGGAAUUAGUCCUCGAUGGAUGCAUGAAAUAUCGAAAGCCGGUAUCUCACCACGCGAAUUAACCGAUUUGUCCAAUUUGCAAGUUGUCACUUCUACAGGUAUGGUUUUGUCGGACCAGCUCUUCGAAUGGUUCUAUGACUCGGGGUUCCCGAAAUAUACCCAUCUUGCCAAUAUUUCUGGGGGUACCGAUAUCGCUGGAUGCUUCGGUCAAGGAAACCAAUUAACACCAGUCUACGUCGGCGGUACUCAAGGCCCAAGUCUCGGAACACCUAUUGCGGUCUACGACUCUCUUCUGCCUAAUGGUCCGGGUAAGGAAGUGUCCGACGGCACCCCAGGAGAGCUCGUAGCGACAGCUGCUUUCCCGAACGUUCCUGUAUAUCUGUGGAACGAUAAGACGCCUGUGGGUGUCAAAGGCUCCAAGUUUCACUCUGCAUACUUUGCCCGUUUCGAUCAGGUUUGGGCACAUGGUGACUUCGUUGUCAUUCAUCCGGUCACCAAGAAUGUGACAUUUCUUGGUCGCGCAGAUGGAGUACUAAAUCCUAGUGGCGUUCGAUUUGGAUCAGCUGAGGUAUAUGGUGUUCUAGAGAGACACUUCUCGGACCGGAUCGUUGAUUCGAUCUGUGUUGGUCAGCGAAGACCUCAGGAUAACGACGAAAGUGUAAUGCUGUUUCUACUUAUGCGCCCCGGCCAGCCUUUUGACAAGAAGCUCGUGCUUGAGAUCAAAGAUGCGAUCAAGAGGGACUUGUCGAAGAGGCAUGUGCCGAAGUAUGUCUUCGAAACGCCAGAGAUACCUACCACCAUCAACUUGAAGAAAGUUGAACUGCCUGUGAAGCAAAUUGUUUCGGGCUAUACCAUCAAGCCUAGUGGCACCCUUCUAAAUCCAAAAAGUCUUGAGUAUUAUUAUCAAUUUGCGACAGACGAGGUCCUUAAGGCGGGGCAGGAGAAAUUGUAGAGCUUGCUCCCCAUUUCAAGGAGAUAUUAUAGAUAGAGAUAUAUGGGAUAAGUAGGAUACAGGUCAUUAAAGACAGGGGUUAGAGCAACACUAUUCUUACAAUCUUCGAUACGAAU